AUGACAAUGAUGUUGUUAUUUUGGAAUCUUCGAUGGUUGUUUUUACUGUUUAUAUUUGGACAACUUAAUGAACCGUACGUAAAAGCAAGUUGGCCCUUAUCACACUCAUCCACCAUACAACUAUUAGGUCUUUUUCAAGAUGAAGUGAACGGAUAUGAAUCUCCCGAAUUCUCUAGUCAUUGUCGCGCUAUGUUUAAAGCAGCAGUCUUACUUUCUCAACAAUAUAAUAUUACAAUUGAUGGACAAUUCAUAGAAUGGCAAGUGGAGCAAACUAGUGGCAAAGCAAUAAAUGCUAUGAGUGGUACAUGUCAAGCAGUAUCUGCUUCUAACAUUGUUGGAAUUGUGGGUCCAGUAUUGUCAAGAGAAACUCCUAUUAUUGCUGAGUUUGGUGAAAGAGUUGGUAUACCUGUUAUAUCACAUGCUGCAACAGAUCCUGAUUUAUCUGAUCGAAAUGCUUAUCCUGCUUUUUAUCGUACAGUUCCUUCUGACAAUGCGGCUGCAAUAGCAAUUGUAAAACUAUUUCUUCGAUUUAAUUGGACUUCAUGCAUAAUUAUUUAUCAAAAUGAUGCCUAUGGAUUUGGCGGUGUAAAAGUAAUAAAUGAAGCAUUCAUGUACAACGAUUUGACAGUUGCAGAUACAUUAGUAUUCGAUAUAGCAACACAAUAUAUGCGAGGUAAUUUGAAAAAUGUUUUAACUAGUAGCUCAACACGAAUUAUUAUAUUAUGGGCUGAACCAACUUAUAUAUCUUUAAUUUUACAAAAUGCACUUGAUUCUGAUGUACUUGGUCCACAUUUCACAUGGAUAUUAAGUUCAAGUGUUUCAUUGAACUCUUUUAAUGAAAAAUUGAAUCAAAAACUAAUUGGAAUGCUUACUGUUGAACCUACAACAGCAAAUCUUCUUCAUGCACCAAUCAAUACAACAUUAUUGAAUGCAGCCUAUAAUAUUUGGAAACAGUAUGAACCUGAAACAUUUCCUAAUUCAAAAAACGUAGAUUAUUAUGCAUUAUUUGCAUUUGAUGCAACUUGGUUAUUGAUUCAAUCAUUAAAAGAAUUUUGUUCAAAAACUGUUAAUAGUUCUUCUUCGUGUAUAUCAUUUAUCGACUCUUCAUCCUGUUUUUAUCGUUAUUUUCUAAAUUCCUAUUCAUUUUUCGACAUAAUUAAUAAUAUGACAUUUCUUGGUGUUUCUGGCCCGAUUCAUUUUGAUGUUAAUCUAACAGAUCGAGUCGAUGGUAGUUAUUACGUUGCAAAAAACUCUCAAUCCUCUUCAUCUGGAUUAAGUUUCGUACCAGUAUUGAAAUAUUCUAAUCAUGACGGUUGGCAAGAAUAUUCAGAAACACGUACUAUUAUUUGGCCAGGUAAUUCAUUAAUACCUCCUACUGGUGGUGCAAAACUUGAUGGUAUUAAAUUAAGAAUUGGUGUGAUGGAAUCAGCUCCAUUCACAAUUUCUACUACUGUCACAAAUAAAUUGGAACAGAAUAUAACAAAAUUCAUUGGUUAUGUACCUGAUCUUAUUGAUCUUCUCCAAAAUAAGAUGGGAUUUAUUCCACAUAUUGAAUUAAUAUCAAAUCGAACCUACGCUUCACUAGGACAACUAGUAGAAAAUCAUGUUUAUGAUAUAAUAGUAGGUGAUGUGACAGUUACUGCUACAAGAAGAGGAAAAGUUGGGUUUUCACAGUCAAUUUUUGAAAAUUCUUUACGCAUUGUUAUGCGAAAAACUCCUGAUAUUCAUAUUGAUCUAUUGGCAUUCUUGAAACCAUUCUCACGUGAUCUCUGGCUAUUGAUCUUGGGUACAAUUAUUUUUACUAGUAUUUUAAUAUGUUUAUUAGAGAGAGGAAAAAGUCGAAAACUACGAAAAAAAUCAAUAAUUAAUUUAUAUAUGAUGAGUAUGUGGUAUACUUUUGGUAAUCUUGUUGGAUUUGGUGCAGAUUUUCAUGUUAAGACAGCUGCUGGACGUUUAUUAACUGCUGGUUUAUAUAUCUUAUGUUUAGUAUUAGUUGCAUCAUACACUGCAAAUUUAGCAUCUGAUCUAACAAUAGCAAAAUCAAAGAAUAUUAUUUCUGGAAUUGAUGAUAUUAAAAGUGGUAAAAUACCAUUCAAUCGUAUUGGUAUUCUUGUAGGUACAGCUGAUGAAGAGUAUUAUUUAAGAGAAAUCUCUAGUGGUAGUAAAAAUUUUUAUCCAUUAAAAUCUCGACAAGAAAUGUAUAAUAGUUUAUUAAAUAAUUUAAUCGAUGCAUCUUUUCAUGAUAUGGGUGUUGCAGAAUAUGUAACGAAUAAUAUUUAUUGUAAUGUAACAUUGAUUGGUGAAGGUUUUGAUAAAGGUGCAUUUGGUAUUAUUACACCUAAACAAUGGUUAUAUGGACAAGACUUAGAUGUUAAUAUAUUAUCCUUAAAAGAAUCAGGUGAUCUUGAUACUUUGCGAAGAAAAUGGUUUCAAGUAAAGAAAUGUUCUGAGUCAUCAACAACAUCUAUUGCAAUUGGAAUUGAAUCAUUGAGUGGAUUGUUUGUAAUAUUUGGAGUGAUUUGUGUCCUAGCAUUAUUAUUAUUUGCAUGGAAGAAACGAAAAAUCUCAUGCAAAAAGUCUAAACAAUUAAAUGAUGAUCUAAUAUCCUUGUCCGAUAUCUCGCAUUAUUAG